UUUUAUAAUUCCAUGGAUUAUCUUAGUUUCCACUCUCAUGGUAUCUUUCCAGAAAUCACUAAAACUAGAUUCUUUAAAGCUUUUUAGUUUCAAAGUUUUUGACUUUAAACCUUUCUCCAUAAAAAUUUAGAAACUUUUUUUGAUUUUUCUCAUUUGGGAUUACUUUAGUUAUGGCUUAUGCUCGUGGCUUCGCUUCGUUGACGCAACUCAACCUAAUCUUCUCGCCGUCGAUUUCUCUCCGACGAGUUUAUCGAACCCCCGGCGUGAAAUCCGUUUCCCGAAUCAGCUGCAAUCUGAAACUAAACUACUCUGCUGGGAAAUUUCGAGACCUCAAACUGUCACGUUCCGUGGAGCUAGACCAAUUCAUCACAAGCGAGGAAGAAGGAGGAGAAGAAGCAGAAGAUGAAAUUGGAGAAGGGUUUUUCGAAGCGAUUGAAGAGUUAGAGAGGAUGACUAGAGAACCAUCGGAUGUUCUUGAGGAGAUGAAUCAUAGACUAUCUUCUCGAGAAUUGCAAUUGAUGCUUGUCUACUUCGCACAAGAAGGUAGAGAUUCUUGGUGUACUUUAGAAGUGUUUGAAUGGUUGAAAAAGGAAAACAGAGUUGAUGAACAGAUGGUGGAGCUUAUGGUUUCGAUUAUGUGUGGUUGGGUUAAGAAAUUGAUACAGGAGGAGUGUGGUGCAGACCAAGUAUUCGACUUAUUGAUUGAGAUGGAUUGUGUUGGGUUAAAACCUGGUUUUAGUAUGAUGGAGAAGGUUAUUGCUUUGUAUUGUGAGAUGGGGAAGAAAGAAAGUGCGGUUUUGUUUGUCAAGGAGGUUUUAAGGAGGAGAGAUGGGUUUGGUUAUAGUGUUGUUGGUGGUUCUGAAGGUCGAAAAGGUGGACCAGUUGGGUAUCUUGCUUGGAAAUUGAUGGUUGAUGGAGACUAUAAGAAGGCAGUUGAUUUGGUUGUUGAGUUAAGACUCUCUGGGCUAAUGCCAGAAGCUUACAGUUAUCUAAUUGCGAUGACAGCCAUUGUGAAAGAGCUGAAUAGUCUUGGGAAGACAUUACGCGAGUUAAAACGCUUUACACGUGCUGGUUAUGUUACUGAAAUCGAUGACCACGAUAGGGUACUCAUUGAGAAGUACCAGUCAGAAACAUUAUCUCGCGGAUUGCAAUUGGCCACUUGGGCGGUUGAGGAAGGCCAGCAAGAGGAUUCCAUUAUCGGGGUGGUCCACGAGAGGCUCCUCGCUAUGUACAUAUGCGCAGGACGUGGACCAGAAGCAGAGAAACAGCUUUGGAAGAUGAAACUUGCAGGGAGAGAACCGGAAGCUGAGCUCCACGACAUCGUUAUGGCCAUCUGCGCUUCACAAAAAGAGGUUAAUGCAGUUUCGCGGCUUCUGACACGAGUUGAGUUCAUGGAAUCUAAAAGAAAGAAGAAGACUCUGUCUUGGUUGCUCAGAGGGUAUGUGAAAGGAGGGCACUUUGAAGAGGCUGCAGAGACAUUGAUAACGAUGAUCGACUCUGGCUUGCAUCCGGAGUAUAUUGAUCGAGUGGCUGUGAUGCAAGGAAUGACUAGGAAGAUCCAACGGCCGAGAGAUAUUGAAGCAUAUAUGGGGCUGUGCAAGAGGCUGUUUGAUGCUGGUUUGGUAGGACCUUGUCUUGUGUAUAUGUACAUGGAUAAAUAUAAGUUGUGGAUAGUGAAGAUGAUGUGAAGGAAAGAUAGAGAAAGAAGUUUAAGGACUCUAGCUUAGGUGGAGAGAACUGGAUCUACAAUUUUUCGGUAUAUAAUAAAUCUAAAUGUAUGUAAUAGUCUGUUUAUAAAAAGGAAAAUUUUUUGGUCUUGUUAUGCUAUCAUAAAUUUUAUGUC